GUGAUGAGGCACAUGCGCAUGAUGCGCCGAGGUAUGCUUUCCAAUGAUUUGGAGCUGGCAAUGCACAGCCUGGAGUUUCGUCAAACCGGUGCCAUGUGCAAUGUGGAGGAGGCUGAUGCGUAUUGGCAAACCCAUCCAUUUGUCCAUGCGGUAUCAUCCACGGAAACGCAGGUCCAGGUCAUGCAAGCCGUGAAGGAGCUGAAAGGGUUGUUCUUGCUCGUGGAUGUUCCACUUGUUCUGGUACGUGAUGUACUCCUUGGUUGGAGGCGCAGUUGCUUUGCGGUGCCAGGGAAGUCCGGAGCGACCGUGGCGACUUUCGGUCCCUGGUUGCAAGACCUUGGCCUCUCCACGGUCAAGAAGGUCUUGCGAGCGAAGGGCCAUCAGUUGGAUGAGGAUUGCCCGCAUGGCCCCACCGAGCCGAACUGCAAGCUCCGGGCGCGGCUGCACAUUGACAAGCGCUGGGUGCCGGUGGAUCUGCUGCUGUUUCGAUUUCUGACGCUCAAGGCC